GUGAAGUUAUUGAAGCUCUUAUAAAGGAAAGCAAAGCUAGAGAGGGUGAAUUAGAGAAAAUCAGAAUAAGACCCAAUUUGAACUUUCUUCACAGAACAGUAUCGAACAUGGUAUCUUCCAAUAAACGCAUUUCAACAAAGCAAGAACAAAUUAAAGCCAAAGAGAAAGAAAGAAACAUUAAAUACAGGCCGAGAAGAGUUGCAGUACGUCAAAAACUCCCCAUACAGUUGAUACAAGAGAUAUUAUCUAGUAAAAUCAAUUUCGUGAAGUCCUCAGACGAGUCCGAAUGUGUUGAAAAGAAAACUACAGAAAUAAAGGAAAAAUCUCCUUUGAAUCGAAAAACGAAAACUCCUUUUCAGCUCAUGCGCGAAAUAUUGAAGAACCAAGUUGAGGGUGUAAAAGGAGAGGACACCAAGAGUUUUGGUAGAAAAAUUGACCUAUGUUCUAGUACUGAUACAUCUGAGGAGUCAUGUUCAAGUAAACCCUCGAUAAAUAACAAGGAUAUCAAAGAGGAUAUGGAGUUCACAAAAAGGAAAAGGAGGAAACACAGUAAAAACACUUCUGAGGCUACCGUUAUAGAUCUCUCUGACUCUACCAGUGAUAGUUCAGUUUGUUCUAGUGCUCCAGAUGUGAUUAGAAUAUCAGAUAGCGAUAGCAGUCACACUGAUGAUCUUAAGAAAUGUCGAAGGAAAAAGAAAAAACUCAAGUAUAGGAAAGUUUGACAGUCAUAAAUUUUUCAGUAUUUUUACUAUUGAUUCAUAGAGGACACUUUGUAUUGUCAAAAAUGAAUCAUAUUUGAUUGGUAAAUAUUAUUUAAGGUGGUAGCAAUUGGGAAAGAAACGGAAAUAUAUUUUCAUUGUUAUGAAACUAAAAUUAAAAAUGUAUUUUCUAAGAAAA